AUGAGUGAAAGCCCGCGCGGACGCACUCGGACGCGGGCGAGCGCGCCCUCGGUCCUGGUCCCGAUCGCGACAGGGGUCGAGGAGAUGGAGACGGUGAUCAUCGUGGACGUCUUAAGACGCGCGGGGGCGCGGGUGACGAUCGCGAGCGUGGGAGAGGCGGCGGAGACGGAGACGUGGGUGGAGUGCUCGAGAGGCGUGCGCAUCGCGGCGGACGCGCGCCUGGGGGACGUGGCGGAGACGGAGACGUUCGAUAUGAUCGCUUUGCCGGGUGGAAUGCCGGGGGCGACGAAUUUGGCGAAAUGUGCGGUGCUCACGCGAGCUCUUGAGCGACAGUUGGAGCGACAGAAAACGGUGGCGGCGAUGUGCGCGUCUCCGGGCGUCGUCUUGGCCCCGCGCGGGUUCUUAGAUGGACGCGCCUGCACCGCGCACCCGGCGUUCGUGAAGGAUCUUCCGAGCGAUGCGAGCGCGGAGGGUCGAGUCGUGAUCGAUGGGGACGUGAUCACGAGUCGAGGACCCGGGACGGCGAUCGAGUUCGCGCUCGCGCUCGUCGAGCGGCUCUUCGGCGCGGAAAAGGCGCGAGAGGUCGCGGGACCGAUGGUCUUGCCGCAGCACGCCGAUCGAACGCGCGUCGCGAAUGAAUGGCGACUGGACGACGCCACCGUGCUCGAGAGCGGCUCUUAG